UCACAUUGGAGUUCAGCCAAGUGAAUGUAGCCUAUAUGGCUUCCCCGGCUCUCCUUUUUGGUGGGGAUUUAAUAAAUAAUUUAUUCGCUGUGAUAUAUCACAAGCGACAUUUUGGAGGGGAACAACGCGUGUCUGUCCCGUAUCGGUAGCUGCCAUUCGUCCGGAGGAGGGAGGAGGGAACUCGGUCUAAACGGACAUCACACCGCGCUGACACUGAACAACGGGAGACGGGGAGAGCGGUGAACUGCUGAAUAUUUUAUCCCCCGCGACUAUUUUUGUGGCUAUAUUUCGUUCCCCACGGUUCCUCGGACGAUAAACGUGUGUGUGCUGGAGGGGGGGAGUUGACACACAAAAUAGAGGAGAAGAGCUCGCUUUUUUUUUGUCCCUUUUCCGCUGCCACCCCCUCCCUCCUUUCCUCCCUCCCUCCCUCCCUCCCUCCCUCCGCGGAACGCACGCACACACCGGCCCGGGCCAGCCGAGGACUCCCAAAUCCUACCGGGCAUCGAGGCUGGCACACGGCGGGGCACCGAGAGCUUCUCUGCCCGCUCUGACUGCCCUGCUGCCCCGCUGGUGGUGGGUUCUUUCUCUCCCGACGCGUCUACCGGCGAGACGUCGGCUCUGCUAGACUUUCAUACCCUGUGGUGCUGGGCAGAGCGUUAUGGCUCAGACGCUGCAGAUGGCGAUCCCUAACUUUGGCAACAACGUCCUGGAGUGUCUGAACGAACAGCGGCUGCAGGGCCUCUACUGUGAUGUCUCCGUGGUCGUCAAGGGACACGCCUUCAAGGCCCACCGUGCAGUUCUGGCAGCCAGCAGCUCCUACUUCCGGGAUCUGUUCAACGCCGGGGGGAAGAGCUCGGUGGUGGAGCUGCCCCCGGCCGUGCAGCCGCAGAGCUUCCAGCAGAUCCUGGCCUUCUGCUACACAGGACGCCUCAGCAUGAACGUUGGAGACCAGUUCCUGCUCAUGUACACCGCCGGCUUCCUCCAGAUCCAGCAGAUCAUGGAGAAGGGCACAGAGUUUUUCCUCAAGGUCUCAUCUCCAAGCUGUGACUCCCAGGGUCUCCACACUGAGGAGACCCCGCCCUCUGAGCCUCAGAGUCCCGUCACUCAAACGGUGGGAGGGGGCGGAGUCGGCGUGGUCGCCACAGCCGCCGGAAGGCCUUCCUCUUGCCUGACGCCCCUCCCCCUGGUGUCCAAAGUGAAGACAGAACAGACAGCGAGCACACCUCAGCCCGGCCCGCAGCCACAGCAGGAGAGCUCUCCCUACUCGGUGGUCUGCACCCCUGUGGCCAAGCGGCUGUGGGAAGGGGGCAACCGUGACGGGGGAGGGGGGUCUGGAGGGGGCGGAGGAGGUGGGAUGAGGAAGGCUGCGCGCUACUCCUCCUCCUCCUCUUCCUCCUCCACCUCCUCCAACAACACUACCCAUGAUGCCUCUGGGCGUGGACUUGCAGCCAACGCCGCCAUGGUGGGCGGCGGCGCCACUUCGGUGGGAGGAGUCGGACUCAACAGUAACCACAACAACAAUAACAACAACAACGGCGGGACCCCCGAGGGCACGAGCCCGGGCACGCUGAGCAUGUACACCAGCGACUCGCCCAUCAGUUACCACGACGACGAGGAGGAGGACGACAUAGCGGACGAGAGCGCCGAGGAGCAGUACAGACAGAUCUGCAACAUGUACACCAUGUACAGCAUGCUGAACGCCGGCGCAGCAGUGGUCGGGGAGAGGGUGGAGGCUCUGCCGGACUUGGCCCCAGACUCCGGUGGCGGACGGGGAGGCAGGGGGGCGCGGUCCCGGCAGGACCUGGCGUCGCUGCCCGCCGAGCUCAUCAGCCAGAUCGGGAACCGCUGCCACCCGAAGCUGUACGAGGAGGGCGACCCGGCCGAGAAGCUGGAGCUGGUGAGCGGCACCUCCGUGUUCAUCUCCCGCGCCCAGCUCAUGAACUGCCACGUCAGCGCCGGCACCCGCCACAAAGUGCUGCUCAGACGCCUGCUGGCCGCGUUCUUCGACAGGAGCACUCUGGCAAACAGCUGUGGGACUGGUAUCCGCUCCUCUACCAACGACCCGAGUCGUAAACCGCUGGACAACAGAGUCCUGCACGCUGUCAAAUUUUACUGCCAGAAUUUCGCACCGAGCUUUAAAGAGAGCGAGAUGAACGCCAUUGCGGCCGACAUGUGCACCAACGCCCGUCGCGUCGUCCGCAAGAGCUGGAUCCCCAAGCUUAAACUGCUGAUGGCCGACAGCGACGCCUACUCCGCCUUCCUGGCCGACAGCGUGAAGAUGGAGGCAGACGCACUGGGGGCAGAUCAAGGCUUUGACCCUGCCUCCCUGGAAGCUGUGGCGGCAGCGGCGGCAGCGGCCGCCAACAGUAACGAAGCGGGAGGCGGAGCCACGCCAGCAGAGACCCUCCACGGGGCGGGAGGAGACGGCAGCACUUUGUUUUGAGUGAGUGAACGGACAGAUAGAUGAAUGGACAGAUGGACAGAUUGAUGGAGGGAGGGAUGGCAUUUCUCUGGUGGGCGAUGAGUAGAGAACGGUGGCCACUGUGGUCGUAAUGACAGUUGUCACGCCAUCCCCUAGCCGCCAUGCGUUUGGGGAUCUGUUUCUUCUUCUGCACCUCUUUCGGUCAGUUUGUUCUGCUUUCCUUCCUCCGUUUGUCCAUGUUUUCAGUCUCUCUCCACGGCCCAGAAUGCCUCAUUUCGCUCCGUUUCUCCUUCCUUGUUCCGGUGGAGAGAGAUAGAAAGACGGCAGAGACAGAAAGGUGGCAGAGGGAGGAGGCCGACCCCCCCCCCCCCAACCUCCUCAUCCCUCUGCAACCUUUCGAAACCUGAUAGUUUCAGCCUUUUACUUUUUAUGUUUUUUAGAAGUGUGUCCUGUCACUAAGGCCCUUUUCUUACAUAAUCAAUCACAGACAUUCCCUGGGGCGGGGGGGAGGGGGGGAGGGGGGGCGGGAGGGUAAUCCUGUUUUGAGAAAGUGAUGUCUCCUUUCCCAAACUCCAGUAACACUGUUGUUUUGAUAUUGAAUGUAUGCGUGGCGAACUGCAGCGUUCAGUGGAGGCUGAGUGAGAUUGUACAGAGCCCUUUCUUUUUUUUUUAUUUGUCUUUUUUUUUGUUUUGUUUUGUUUAGUUGGGUUUUUUUUUUUUUUUUUUUUUUUGCUUUACUUCAUCUGGACGGCCAGAUGGAAAGCUUCUCUGAAAGCAUGGGGUUAAUGAGGUCGGGGGUUGAAAUGAAUAUUAAUAUGUAUAUCGGCAUUAGUUUAUGAUCUCCCCUGACCUCGGCCCGACCCCACCUUACCCUGCUCUUUAUCUCCUGCCGGGCAUGCUGGGAAACUGAUUCACCAGCCGUGAGAGAAAUGCUGCUGAAUUCUGACUGCGGACGGCAUUUCGAUUCGUUAGUGGCUGGAUUCGUCAGCCAGACUAAAACAGAACAAAAAAAGAUUUGCUUGACUAAAACCUUUCCCCCCCGACCCCCCCGGACUUUUUGACCCUUAGAUGAAAAAAAAAAACCAUUUCAGUUUGUUUACUUUUUUUGUGUCUUUAAAAUUUUUCCUUUGUGUGGUUGUUUUUGCCAAGGCUCCUUGUUAACCGAUGAUUGUCAAAGAGUUUGCACUGUGUUAUUUCCUGCGGUAUGAGUACAAUCGAACUACGUUUUUGUACGUACAAGAAAGAGAAUAGGGGUGGUUUUAUUUAAAAAAUGACAAAAAAAAAAGAAGAAAAAAUACCAGCUAAAAUCCAAUUUCUAUCUCUGUUUAUCACCCGUUUUUUUUUUUUUGUUUGUUUGUUUUUUUAAUCUGAAGGAAAGUCGAGAAAUAUCCAAAAGCAAGUUUCUGCCUGUGAGCUUAGGAACGAGCUGUGUGUGUGUGUGUGUGUGUGUGUGUGUGUGUGUGUGUGGAUACAGUGGCAAUGUUCUUUUGUUUCCAACUUGUGUUUAUAUUGUUUUCCCUCAGAUUAUUCACAGCCAUGCCCGUUAACAGCACAAGUUUCCUCAGGCUCGCUGCCUGGAUGCGUGCUCGCCUGGCAUGGACAAAGGUGCUAAUUCAAGCAUUGGUACAUGGCAAGAAAUACAGCUGUGUGUGUGUGUGUGUGUGUAGGUGUGUAUUUGAGGGGCCACACAGUUUGUUUGUGUGCUGCAAUAGAGAGAGAGAGUGAGAGGCCAGACGGCGUGUUUUCACACACGCUUGGUCGAUUAAUUCACCCAUCACUGCGGUGAGCACACAUACACGCUAAUACGCAUUUGGGCGCUGUCAGCUGCAUCAGCUACAGUACACCAGAGCAACGUGGGAAUUAAAGGGGAAUUACACCCAGGCAGACCUGAGAGGCUGCUGCUUUUCAUCACGUGUGAGCAAUCGGCUAAAAGUAAUUUUGCGUAUUAAUGAGGCCGCGUUAAGAUCCGAUGGAAAAGGUAAAGUUUGACUUUUUUUUUUGUUGGAUUGACGUCGAAGUUACUGCAUUUACGGGAGUUAAUCUGAAUUGUAAAGAGAAAAGUGGCCAAAUAAUUUGGCAUUGGAAAACGACCCUGAAAGUCACAUUGCAGUCAUAGUGGCCUUUGUAGAGAGAAGACCAAGUGCAGAACGAGAUCUGUUCUCUUUAACAAAGAAAUGACCUCCAGACUCCACAAUGCAGCUGAAUCCACUCAUCAGCUAAAGCCAGGAGAGGGCUCUUUGCUCUUGUUCACUUCGAGGUCGAGGUUGAAUACCUGGGCUCCAGGUCGAACGUCUCUGUUUGUUACCACUGAUAUUUCAGUCCUCAACAGCAUUGUGCCGUUUUCAAAUGGAUAUUCAAAUCUCCCAUACGGCAGAUUCAAGCUUUAGUGAGAGCUGAAGUCUUUUAAUCAUUAAAAAUCACUUCCAGACAAUCAAUAUAAAGCCAGCCUUCCCUUAUGACAGAUCUGACAAAUCUGUCUGUUUGGCACUAGAGAAUGAAAAGGCCUGAAGAAAAGGAGUAGUGUGAAUAACACGGAGGCAAAGUUAGCCAGCGGUAAAUGUAUGUUACACAAAUUUGA